AGUAUAUUACGCGGUACUUUAACGUCAAGAUGUAAAUCCAAAAAUCUUGGUCACGUCCUAUUUCGUCUAACGUCUAUAGGUGCUGAAUAAUACAUCUAAUUAGUAAAAGAAAUAAAUAUUAUGAGGUUUAUCAUGUGAUCUGUCAUACGUCAAUAUUUUUUUAUUCAUGAAUUGACUGUGUGGAUCCGCUUUAUUCAACAAUUGUGAAUACACAAUGAUAUGUUAAUUUGAAAUUUGUAUCGAUGAUAAAUAGAUAAAUUUCGCGAGCGAGAGAUGUACCAACGUUUCAUAUAUAAAUAAAACUAUUGAUUCAAUUUUAUUGUAUUCAGUACAAAAUUUCUUAAAUUCGUAUUGAUACAUUUCUGUGAAAUAUUUGAUUGUAUAAAAAACUGGACUGUUUACUUAGAUAAUCUACGUGAGGGUGACAAAUGAACUGAAAAUUGUCGUUAUCUGGGAUUCCCGAAAAUCGGAGCUUUUAGUGAAACUACAGGUCAGCGUCAACAUCAGUUAUAUGGAUCAUUCUAACUGGUCGUGAAUUUCUAUCAAGAACAUCGACCGAAACUAGUUAUACGGUGAGGUUCUAAUCGACCCUAUUAAUUAAAUUACACAUAUGUCAUUAUAAGACAAUCACAAAAAAGAAGAACUUGUAAAUUCUAGAAGUAACAUGGAGAAUAUUACUAUUUUUGAUGACUUUCAUUACGCUGUCAAUAAAUAUGGAGAUCCAAGAAUAAAAGACUGGUAUCUUAUGUCCAACCCAAUUCCCACAGUAGCUCUCACCAUGGCAUUUUUAAUAACUGUUACUGUUCUUCUUCCAGGAUUCAUGAAAAAUCGAAAACCAUACCAAUUUAAAAAAUUAUUGAUUGUGUAUAAUGGUCUACAAGUUUUAUUCAGUAUUUGGCUAUUUUACGGGUUUGCAGUUGGUGGAUGGAUGUUUCCAUAUUACAAUGGCAAAUGUUUUUAUCCUGGACGUGGUAAAAACAUGUUGUUCACAUCGCAUAUGUACUUUCUCUCCAAAUUCUCGGAAUUCAUAGAUACAGUACUCUUUGCUUUAAGAAAAAAAGACAGCCAAAUUACACGACUCCAUUUAUAUCAUCAUGGAAUAAUGCCUAUAGGAUCCUGGAUAUGUGUUAAGUACGCUCCGGACAGUCCAGUGACAUUUUUGGGAUUUGUAAAUUCGUUUGUGCAUAUUGUAAUGUAUUCAUAUUAUAUGUUGAGUGCCAUGGGGCCAAAUAUACAAAAGUAUCUUUGGUGGAAGAAAUAUAUCACCGUUAUGCAGUUGACGCAGUUCGUCAUAUGCUUGAUACAUGUGAUACUCACAUCAAUCCAUGGAUGUAAUAUGCCCUUCGCAUUAAGUUAUUUCAGCAUUGUUCAAAGUAUAACAUUCUUCAUUAUGUUUGGAGACUUUUAUUUGCAUGCCUAUAAAAAGAAAGUACCCACUACCAGUAAAGAACUAAGUGACGAAGUAGCGAAUGCAGAGAACAAAGGUUUAACCAAUGGAUUGGCUAAAGAGAAUAAGAAAUUUGAUUAAUCUAUUGUAAUGAUUUUUAAGUCUAAAUGUGAUUAUUUCUAGUUA